AUGUCAAGUGCCGCUACUGUUACUGCUUCGUUUAACGAUACUUUCAAAGUAUCCGACAACAUUGCUGUCAUUGUUCCUGAAACGGACACCCAGGUGACCUACCGGGACCUGUCCCAUAUGGUAGGCCACUUUCAGACCAUGUUCAGUAACCCUUCUUCUCCGCUGUAUGGCACGAUCUUCAGGCAGGACACUGUGGCAAUCUCCAUGCGUAAUGGGCUGGAGUUCAUCGUCGCCUUCCUUGGGGCCACCAUGGACGCCAAGAUCGGUGCUCCUUUGAACUCCAACUAUAAGGAAAAGGAGUUCAAUUUCUAUUUAAACGACCUGAAGUCUAAAGCUAUCUGCGUUCCUAAGGGCACUACAAAGUUGCCUGACUCCGAGAUUUUGAAGUCCGCCUCUACAUUCGGGUGUUUCAUCGUGGAAUUGAGCUUUGAUGCAGCCAGGUUCAGGGUAGAAUAUGACAUCUACUCUCCAAAGGACAAUUACAAGAACGUUUUUUACCGGUCGUUGAACAAUGCCAAGUUUGUCAACACGGACCCCGUCAGAUUUCCAGGGUUUGCUCGUUCCAGCGAUGUUGCUCUGAUUUUGCAUACCAGCGGUACCACGUCCACUCCAAAGACUGUACCCUUGUUGCAUCUGAACAUUGUGAGAAGCACGUUGAAUAUCGCAAACACUUACAAGUUGACGCCCUUGGACCGGUCCUACAUCGUCAUGCCCCUGUUCCACGUUCACGGAUUGAUCGGUGUUUUGCUAUCUACCUUUAGAACUCAAGGCUCGGUCGUGGUGCCUGACGGGUUCCACCCAAAGCUGUUCUGGGAUCAAUUCGUCAAGUACCAUUGUAACUGGUUCAGUUGUGUGCCCACGAUAAGCAUGAUCAUGCUGAACAUGCCCAAGCCCACGCCUUUCCCCCACAUUAGGUUCAUCAGAUCGUGUUCUUCUGCGUUGGCACCUGCAACGUUCCACAAGCUGGAAAGGGAAUUCAACGCUCCUGUCUUGGAGGCCUACGCAAUGACCGAAGCAUCGCACCAAAUGACCUCGAACAACCUGCCCCCGGGAAAGAGAAAGCCUGGCACCGUGGGCCAACCACAGGGCGUCAUUGUUCUUAUCCUGGAUGAUAAGGACAACGUUUUGCCCCCAGGCAAGGUCGGGGAGGUCUCCAUCAGAGGCGAAAACGUCACACUGGGCUAUGCCAACAACCCAAAGGCCAACAAGGAGAACUUUACCAAGAGGGAGAACUACUUCAGAACCGGUGACCAAGGCUACUUCGACCCGGAGGGUUUCUUGGUUCUCACGGGCAGAAUUAAAGAGCUGAUCAACAGGGGUGGUGAAAAGAUCUCGCCUAUUGAACUGGAUGGUAUAAUGCUGUCGCACCCCAAAAUCGACGAGGCCGUGGCCUUUGGUGUUCCCGACGACAUGUACGGCCAGGUGGUUCAAGCCGCCGUCGUCUUGAAGAAGAACGAAAAGAUGACCUACGAAGAACUUGUUUCCUUCCUGAAGAAGCACCUUGCAGCCUUCAAAAUCCCCACCAAGGUGUAUUUUGUCGACAAGCUGCCCAAGACCGCCACCGGUAAGAUCCAGAGAAGAAUCAUCGCGGAGACCUUCACCAAGAGCAGCAAAAACAAGAGUAAGUUGUGA